CGUUUAUUGUUUUGGGGAGGGAGGUGAGCCACUGUGAGCGGCAGCAGGCAGGAGGACGGCGGACUGCACAGUGACAGAGCGUUAUUUUUUACAUGGUUAAAGCACUAAACGAAAACGGUGACACUUGCGGAUCGAUAGGAACGUGUUUGAAAAAUCCUGUCCGCCAUGGAGUCCUAUGACAUUUUAGCUAACCAGCCGGUGGUUAUUGACAAUGGUUCGGGGGUCAUAAAGGCUGGUUUCGCUGGUGACCAAAUCCCCAAAUACUGCUUUCCUAACUACGUGGGACGUCCCAAGCAUGUGCGUGUGAUGGCUGGAGCCUUGGAGGGAGAUCUCUUCAUUGGACCCAAGGCAGAGGAGCACAGGGGCUUGUUGUCGGUGCGCUACCCGAUGGAGCAUGGGAUAGUGAACGACUGGAAUGACAUGGAGAGGAUCUGGCAGUAUGUUUACUCCAAGGAGCAGCUGCAGACCUUCUCGGAGGAGCAUCCUGUGCUGCUGACUGAGGCUCCUCUCAACCCCAGCAAGAACAGAGAGAAGGCUGCAGAGAUCUUCUUUGAGACCUUCAAUGUUCCUGCUCUAUUUAUCUCCAUGCAGGCAGUGUUGAGCUUAUAUGCCACUGGCCGCACCACUGGGGUCGUGUUGGAUUCUGGUGAUGGUGUAACACACGUUGUGCCCAUCUACGAGGGCUUCGCCAUCCCCCACUCCAUCAUGCGCGUAGACAUCGCUGGCAGAGAUGUCUCACGGUACCUCCGUCUGCUGCUACGCAAGGAGGGCUAUAAUUUCAACACAUCAGCUGAGUUUGAGGUGGUGCGCACCAUCAAAGAGAGAGCCUGCUAUCUAUCUCUGAACCCUCAGAAGGAUGAGACUUUAGAAACAGAGAAGGCCCAGUAUGUCCUCCCUGACGGAAGCACUUUAAAUAUUGGACCAGCGAGAUUCCGAGCCCCAGAGCUGCUGUUCAGACCCGACCUCAUUGGAGACGAGAGCUCAGGAAUCCACGAGGUUCUGGCCUACGCCAUUCAGAAGUCUGACAUGGACCUGCGACGCACACUGUUUUCCACCAUUGUACUAUGCGGGGGGUCAACACUGAUCAAAGGCUUUGGAGAAAGACUGCUAACGGAGGUGAAGAAGCUUGCACCAAAAGACGUUAAGAUCAAGAUCUCCGCUCCCCAGGAAAGGCUGUACUCCACAUGGAUUGGUGGUUCCAUCUUGGCAUCGUUGGAUACAUUUAAAAAGAUGUGGGUGUCCAAGCGGGAAUAUGAAGAAGACAGAGCGCGUGCCAUCCACAGGAAGACCUUCUAGGCUUCGAUCGGCACCAUGCAUACACCAACCCACUCCCAUCAGAACUGACACCCCCCCCCCCCAAAAAAAAAAAAAAACAUCCUGCUGCUGAACAUCCCUGACACCUGCAGCAAUCUGUGCGUCAUCCUUUAUGAACCCUGCCCAGAUCAGAACCACCGUGGGCCUCCAGAAACAACGUUUUCUGUGUGCUGGAGGCCCAUAUUGACCCAAGGGUUGUUCCUCCUGUCAGGUGAUGGUGGCAGCACCAUCCACACAUCCCAAACAGUAACAUCCAGAGGGCCGUCAGGGUACCUCAGAGUACCACUGUGUACUCUUGUUGCUCUGAGUUUACAUUAAAGUAUUGGUGUUGCUCUCUUGCCUCAGCAGCCCUGUAAGGUGUAGAAUAUAAUCAAAUGUCAAAAAACGUAAAUAUUCUUUAAUGUUAAAAAUUUCCAUUCCAGACUGAAGAUUAGAUUUUUUUUUUAUUUGUCUGUUUCUUAGGCUUUUUCUCUCUGACAAUAAGCUUUUACACAGCAAAAAUCUGAAGUACUGCAGCGAUGCUCUGUCAUUAUAUAUUAUGUAGUUGUAGUAAGGUAAAGAUCACCACUGUAUCAGAUCAGAACUGCAAAGUUAAUUUGUCAUCCAAAUGGCCAUAGUCGUCUCCUGUUUUUGUCAUUAUGACAUGUUUCUGUGUGGACAUGACAUGUUUAUCAAGAGGAUCACGGCUUCUUAUCCAAGCUGAUGGAUUAAAAACUUGUGGGAAAUGCCUUGAUUUAUUUAUUAUUUGUUGUUUUUGUUAAAAAGGUAUUAUUUUCACACCGAUUGUCAAAUUUAGGGCUGUUCUGACUGUUUUCUGCUAACUCUGUUAUAGAGAGGCAAAGGAACAGAUUUUAUGGGUAGAUAAACAUGUUUAUUCCAACAUAAGGUCAUCACAUUCAGUCAGAUAGUUGGGAAAGAUCUUAAACUGGAUAUCAGUGCUUUGGGAACUUGUGCAUGCAUUUAUUCUUCUGAAAUCAAUCCCAGGACUGAGUUAGGAUGAAGUUAUAAGGUUAAGGACAACACUUGAUUCUUCGUGUAAAUGUUGGGUUUAACCUUCCAUCUACCUUAUGUGACUUUAGGAACAUUUUCAGUUUUUGAAUUUGAAGACUAGUUUGACAAUGAAGCUGCAGAGAGUCCAACAUGUCCAAAGAUUGGCUUGUAUUCUCCUCCCCCUGCUUUAUAUCCCAGUAAAACCACUGUCCCCAUCAUUUCCCUUACCCUACAUGGCAGUGAAGGGGUCCUCCACCAUCAUGCCCGCCUUACUUCGGUGCAUCUGUGCCGGAGCGUCCAUGUCAUCUGCUUUUGGGUGUUUUUAAAAUAGGUGAAAUUUAAAAAGAAUGAAAGAACGGUUGUAAAAUGUCAUCAGCCUUGUGUACAGUGAAGUACUUUUCAAAAACUAUCACCCACACCAACCAAACAGUAACAGACUAAACAUGUACAAUACUGUUGUUUACUUUUACUUUUCGUAAUUUCAAUAUAAUAAAUAAGUUAAUGGCUGCUG